AUGGGGAAAACGCGCGUCCAGAGAGCAGCACGUCCAAAGCAAAACCCGCCAGGCAUCAGCGUCCUCUGCUGGUUCCUGCUCCCCCUCGGCCGCCCUCUGCCAGACCGGCCCGCGGCGGGCAGGCGCGGCGGAGCGGCGAUCCCCCUUGCGGUUGCUGCUGCUUCGCGGUCCGCACCCCCGCCGCGCUCGCAUCGGGCUGCUUUCGUUUUCGUUUCCCGGAAGGACGACCCGGCCGCCCACGCUGCUCGCCAGCUGCCCCUGCAAGGGGCUGGCGGGGCUCGGGGCGGAGGAGCGCGCGGCGACCAUCCGAUCCCGGCCCCCUGGAGCAGAGGCGCCACCUCCAGCUGUCAUGCAGCUAUGAGUAAAGACCCCUGCUAUAUCACCAAACCAAACACUCAUGUCCCAUACGAGGCUGAGAACAGAGAGGGCGAAGUUGCAGCCAGUUCUUCAAGUCCUGUGACAGUUUCUACUUUGCCCCAACAUCUGCAGCCCACAUCUGUGACAGUGUUACAGCCACUCUAUGAGGGGCAAAUCUGCACGUUACCAGGCCAUCUCAGGAUCCAGCCCUCUCUGUGGAGCAAGGAUGAUGUGAUUCACUGGUUAAGAUGGGCGGAAAAGGAAUAUUCACUCAGGGAAACUGAUGGAAAUAAAUUUGAAAUGAAUGGAAAAGCUCUUUGCAUUCUCACCAAAGAAGAUUUCAGAUUCCGGGCUCCUAAUUCAGGAGAUGUUUUGUAUGAGUUACUCCAAUAUAUUAAGACCCAGAGAAGAGCACUUGUUUGCAGCCCUUUCUUUAACUCUCCCUUCAGGGACACAGACCAUACGCAGACCCAGAACGCCUCAGAAGGCAUGAAGGGCAAGUUAGAAGGUCACCCAGCAGGUGGCCAUCCACUGCCUACGGAAUGUUUGUUGGUCACAACGGGUCAUCCAGGCCAUGCAGAACAAUCUAGAUCACCUACCAAAACGUUCUGUGCUCCUGGGGCAAAUAGUCUCUCACACCGAGAUCGCAGUACAGAGGUCAAAUACAGCACAAAUGUUGUCUACUCAUUUCCUGUGACAUCACCAGCUCCAGUCAGUGGCAAAAUUGCCGACUGCAGGUUACUCUGGGAUUAUGUCUAUCAGCUCCUCUGUGACAGCCGAUAUGAAUCCUUUAUCAAAUGGGAAGAUAAAGAAGCCAAGAUCUUUCGGGUGGUUGACCCCAAUGGACUAGCCAAGCUGUGGGGAAAUCACAAGAACCGUAUGAACAUGACAUAUGAGAAGAUGUCAAGAGCUCUGAGGCAUUACUAUAAACUCAACAUAAUCAAAAAGGAACCAGGACAGAAACUUUUAUUCAGAUUUCUGAAAACUCCUGGAGAGGUGAAAUCUGACAAGUCCAGUAAAUUUGACCAGCUGGACAACGAAGAGCAGGAAGGGGAGGACUGGAAAGAAGAGGGGUUGGAAAUCUCACCCUAGAGGGCU